AUGACAUUGAAGAUCGAACUUAUUGUUUUAUGUUUUUUACAUUCGGCUCUUGUUCCUCGGCGUUUUUACGUCAACGGCACCCAAACCGCGGAAAAUUCGAGCUUCAAAUGCAAAGCAACAGAUUAUCCAUUUCUCGUUUUGCUCCAUAGCCAGGUUCCCAAGCUAUAUUGUGGUGGCGCACUGAUAGAGUAUGAUACCGUGGUGACAGCUUCGUCUUGCGUGGAAAAAUUCGUGAAUUCACCGGAAAAACUGGAAGUUUUAUUCAACGUGUCGCCGGAUUUUCCGAAUGGCACCGAUAGAAGCAGAGCCGACAAAAUUUUCCCCCAUCCAAUCAUGGAUAAGAGACUGUCUUUCCACAACAUAUCGGUUGUAAUAUUGGAACGUCCAAUAAUAAAGGCUAAGCCUAUUAGGCUACCGCGGAUGGAUCCAGGAAAAACCAGUGGAAUUUGCGAGAUUGCCCUGACCAUGGCUUACACCUACGCGACAAAUAUGGGGGGUUUUAAUCUGGAUCCCCAGCUCCACUGUCUGAAUUUACCGAACAUAACGGAGGACAAAUGCUGGCAAAUAGACGGAAAAAACGCGGAUGCAUUUUUAUGUAGAUUCCCCGAAACUGUUCAGUUCGACAAAUCCUGCAGGGAUUAUCUGGGAUAUCCGGUCUUUUGCGGGGAUACUCUCUACGGAAUCGUCUCCAGGGCUCGCAAUUGUAGUUUUCCCGAUGUUGGGAACUAUCAAAUAAGCGUGGAUUUUGUUAUAGAUUUUCUGCACCAGAAAACCGCCCCUAAGAGAAUGGAGAAGUUCAUUGAGAAGAGGAAAUCCUCUUGUGGUGGGAAGGGAGGAGGAUUAUUGAUUGUGGCUGUGAUAUUUUCGAUUUGUACAUUUAUAUAA